ACUUUAUUAUUUGUGAAAAUAGCUUCCAUAUCAAACCACUUUGAGUUGCAGAGCACAUUUAAACUCCUUAUUUCUUUUCCUCCUAAUGUGCACUCCUUUGUCUCCACCUCUACACCCUUCCUCCCUCAACAGCAGCCAGUGGUACACUCCAGCAGUCUUUGCACCUCUCUCUCUCCCUUCCACAGCCUCACCAGUCCCCACACUGGAGAAGACGCUGGUGCAGUGUCGAUCCAUACACGCACGUGUCUUGUCUUUUGGGGCUACUAGCAUUCUUUGAGAACGCCCAGAGCUAGAGUUUGCAUGGGUGUCGCGAGCUGCUCUGCGCGAGAAUGUGAGCAUCUUUUGUACUGAGGAGCAUGUGCACCAACUGAAAGACACAGCGAGGAUGCGUGGUGGGCAGGAUCUGUCGUGAUCGGUGGAGUUUGUGGUGUACAAUACUUGUGCUGUCUGUCUUCCCCUGCCUCCAGUUUGGUUGUCUGGCGAGGACUAACAACAGCAUCCUGCUGAGAUGUCCACUUCAUCUGGUGCAAGAGAUGGAAGCCAAAGGAGCUCUCUGGAGCUAGAUGCGGAGCACUCACAGAAAGUCCCUGGAGCCGAGCAAGGGGGGGUCCCAACACCCCAGGUGAAGCUGAAAGAGAGACAGAAGUUCUUUGAGGAAGCCUUUCAACAAGACAUGGAGCAGUACCUUUCCACUGGCUACCUACAGAUCACUGAGAGGAGAGAGCCAAUAGGCAGCAUGUCGUCCAUGGAGGUGAACGUGGACAUGCUGGAGCAGAUGGAUCUGAUGGACAUGUCUGAUCACGAGGCUCUGGAUGUCUUCCUGCACUCUGGGGGAGAGGACAACAGCGCCGCCUCACCUGUCACAGGUCCAGAUGUUGAGUCCUUUACAACCGAGAUCAGCCUCCAGGUUCCCACCCAGGCCGAGCUGCGACACAAGCUUUCGUCCCUGUCGUCUACCUGCACAGAUUCAGCCAGCCAGGACACUGAGGAGGAGGAGGAGGCUGAGCAAGGAGGCAGUGGGGUUGUAGAAGGAGGAAGGAGGAGAAAGCCCCCUGUUGUAGUGACCCUGGAUGAAGAGGAGGUCCACCCAGACACAGUGCUGGCGGACAUAGAGGAUCAGGAUGAUCAGAGCAGUCGAGACUGUGAGAAGAGGAGGCAGCAGGUUUGAGGACAGUUGGACUUGAUUUAAAGGGUAAACCCUCACAGCUGCCAAAUCAAAUUUAGAUAUAUAUUCUAUGUUAUUCAAUUUAUUGGCUUUUAUUCCCAAAAACCUUUUUUUUCAUGAGAGAGAUAACACUGAGGUUGUACUAACUGCCACAUAAACUUGCCUUAAAUAACCAGUGCUAUAAAUUUAAUCUGAUUUAAUCUUGUUCAAGAUGUUUGUGCCCCAUUUAGAAGAAUGGUCAGUAUGAACUGAAACAGUUUAGGGUUUUUCAGAGAAUCAGAUUUAGUAUUUUAUGGUUCCUGGUUAGUCUUAAAAAGUCUUGAAAAGUAUGAAAGUUGCUCUAAUUAUUUUUCAGAUCUCGAAAACUAUUUAAAUUACAUGUGAAUCUCGAUAAGUUAGAACAUCAUUUAAAAACUUCCCUUAUUUCAGUAAUUUAAUACAUAACGUUCUACAGGUUAAUUGCAAACAGAGUGAUAUAUUUCAAGCAUUAAUUUCUGUUAAUUUGCUUACAGUCAAUAAAAAAUGAAAAUUCAGCUUCCCAGACAAAAAGAAUAUUACAUAAGACCAGAAGGAUCUUCAGCACACAAAUUUCAAUACUUGGUCAGGGCUGCAUUUCCAUAAAUUACUGCAUCAAAGUUGCGAAUUUUUCUGUUAGUUGUACAGCUUUUCUACCACACAUCUUCCUUCCACAGAACUUUCUAUUACUUUGCAAAACCACGGGACUGUGUAAACCAUCAGCAUAUUUGGCAAUGACAUUUUGUGUCUUCCACUCCUUGUGGAGGGUGUCAAUGACCAUGUCUGCUGAUCAUAACAUUUCUGUUUAAAACAAUGUUUUUCAUUGGUAAUAUUGAAAUUUUCUGAGAAACAGGAUUUUGGGUUUUAAUUAGCUGUGAACCAUAAUUAUUAGUAUACACAGUCAUAAACAAUGUAGAUACAUCUAUCUGUGUUUAAGGAAAUAUUUAUAAAAGUUUAACUUUAUGAACUAAAUUGAUGAAAUAAAUUACCUUUUUUAACCUAAUCUGUUCAGAUGCACCUGUAUGCUGUAUCCAGAUGAGUCUAUGCGUAAGACCACACAGAUACAUGAUGAAUAAACAAACAACUUUAAACCAACUUGUGGUUUUCAAACUGAGAAAGAUCUAAGGUGGUUCAAAUGGCAAACAAAGCACUCAAUUUUUUAAAAUAAAAAAACAUUUUACACAAAAAUAAUAAAGGUAUCAAUUAUCACAGAUAGUGCUUUAAAAAUCUGCCUUUAUUUAAGGAGGUUAAGAAUGAAAGAAUCUGAAAUGAAAAUUAUUCAAAUUGGAUGCCAAAAAAUCAGUGAAACAGCUCUUUAUCACACCACCUUCGGCACUGUAUUAUUUUGGUACUUGUGGAACGUAAAGAUUAUGAAGUAUUGUCAAGUUAGAUAAUUGGUACUCAAAUUUUCAAAAAAUCCAGAAAUGUAUGGAAAAUUAAGUCUGACAAAUUGUGGGAAUCCUGAUGUCCUGUUUCUUAUCUGUGCAUGUUGAGAGUGAGCAAAACCUGUUCCUGAUAAAGGAAAUGAGGCCAUAGUUAAGUAAUCCAAAUAACUCAUUAAACUCAUUUUUGUUCAUGCUUUAUGGUAAACAUAUAUUGUGCAUAAAUCUUGAAGCUGUUAUGUCAUUGUUUAAACUUUAACUAAACAUAUAAUAGUGUUUUUACCUCUCAUAUAUUAAUAAAACAAAAAAACUACCUUCAGCUAUAACCAGAUUGUGACUCUUCCACCUUCCUUCAUGAAGCUUAUGUAUGAAAAUUAAGUGAACCAAAUUUCUCUUCAGCAGAAAAACUAUCCAUAUUUUUAUAACAAAUCUACACUUUUGCUGAUAAAAUUGUAAAAACAACCCAUACAACUUUACAUUUUGUAAUUUCUCACUGCAGGAUGUGUACUUAAUGUGUAAAACAACCCAGAAACCUGUGUUGAAACAGAAGAAAUGAAAGCUAUUUCUGUAUACGUUAGGUUUGUUUUUGUAAUUUAGACGAUACAUCACCUGCAGAGGGCACAAAAAGUUCUCCUUUUCAUUAUAGAUAAAUCUGAAUACCAGCUCUCACUUGCUUAAAAUUUUAUGUGCCAAAUUUCUGAAUUUAUUCCAGUGAAAACUGUGUCAUACCGAAUGACUGUACUGCUGACAUGCUGGUUUCAGUUAUUUUACAGACACAUGCUCACACAAAAACGUCACCCACUGCCUAUUACUUGUACAUUUUGGGCAGAUUUCUUCGGAACUAGGACCAAAUCCCCAUCUUGGAACGUGUGCUAUGCACUGGACAUCGGCCUGAAGGUUACACCGUGUCCAAAUCUUUAUUUUUUUGGGUCAGAAAUUAAUAUUUGUGCAAUGUGAAUGCAUUAUUAUUUUUUUCUUUCCCACCUGUGUAUUUUCUUGACUUGUUGGUAAUAAAUGUUUCUGCUCGAGACUGGAUUGAUUUUCCUCUGGUAUUUUGGGAAAAACAAAUGUGAGCAAGAUUGAAAUUGAGUUAAAGGGUCCCUGUUUGCUCAUUAAUGAGUUAUUGUCCUGCAUGUUUGGAAAAAAUGUGUCUCCUAAACCAGGAAAUACCUUACUGUGUAUGUAUUAAUUCUUCUGUUUUUCCUCAGAGACAGAAGGCAUUACCAAUGCAACGGUGAGAGUAAAUAUCUUUUGAGGCUCAAA